UUGUAAUUCCUCCUUGUGCCCGCUCGCAGCUCCCGUGGCUCCGGAUUGCCUCUCGGAGUUGCCUCCCCCGCCCUCCCCCCGCGACACACACGGCGCCAUCGCAGCUCGCUCGCUGUAACGCCAAUGGGCCGGUUUCUCUAGCUUCUCCCCCACCCCAUCCCCCCACCCCACCGCUUGCAACUCCAUUGCUUUCCCAGGCAUGAGAAAUUGCAAAAUGGUCCGGGUGGCUAGUGUGCUGGGGCUGGUGAUGCUCAGCGUGGCUCUGCUGAUCUUAUCCCUCAUCAGCUACGUGUCCCUGAAAAAGGACAAUAUCUUCACCACUCCCAGAUAUGCCAGCUCGGGAGUGCCCAGAAUGUACAUGUUCCACGCUGGAUUCAGGUCCCAGUUUGCACUGAAGUUUCUGGACCCUUCAUUUAUACCAAUUACAAAUUCUUUGACACACGAGCUGCAGGAAAAGCCUUCCAAAUGGUCGUUUAAUAGAACAGCAUUCUUACAUCAAAGGCAAGGAAUUCUCCAGCAUGUUGAUGUAAUAAAAAAUUUUUCUUUGACCAAGAAUAGUGUUCAGAUUGGACAGCUGAUGCAUUAUGAUUAUUCCAGCCAUAAGUAUGUUUUCUCUAUUAGCAAUAACUUCAGAUCACUGCUUCCAGAUGUCUCACCUGUCUUGAAUAAGCAUUAUAACAUUUGUGCUGUUGUUGGAAAUAGUGGAAUCCUUACAGGGAGUCAGUGUGGACAAGAAAUAGAUAAGUCUGAUUUUGUUUUUCGUUGCAACUUUGCUCCAACUGAGGCUUUCCAAAAAGAUGUUGGAAGGAAAACCAACCUUACAACCUUCAAUCCCAGCAUCCUGGAAAAGUAUUACAACAAUCUUUUGACCAUUCAAGAUCGCAAUAACUUUUUUCUAAGUUUAAAAAAGCUUGAUGGGGCCAUUCUUUGGAUCCCAGCUUUUUUCUUCCACACUUCAGCAACUGUUACAAGAACCUUGGUUGACUUCUUUGUUGAGCAUAGAGGGCAAUUAAAGGUCCAGCUGGCUUGGCCAGGAAAUAUAAUGCAGCAUGUCAACAGGUACUGGAAAAAUAAACAUUUGUCACCCAAGCGACUGAGCACAGGUAUUCUUAUGUAUACUCUUGCUUCUGCAAUAUGUGAAGAGAUCCACUUGUAUGGGUUUUGGCCAUUUGGAUUUGAUCCUAACACCAGGGGAGACCUCCCAUACCAUUACUACGAUAAAAAAGGAACAAAGUUCACUACCAAGUGGCAGGAGUCCCACCAGUUGCCUGCAGAAUUUCAGUUGCUCUACAAAAUGCAUGGUGAAGGACUAACUAAACUGACUUUGUCACAUUGUGCCUAAGAACUUAAAACUUGAAGUGCCAAAUGAUUGUUUAAAAAGUGCCCAAAACUGAAUUAAACAUUCUUUAAAAUAUAAUUCUAAAAAAAAAAAAAAGAAAAAAACUUAAAAUAUUUUCCAUAAUAUAAAGAUGCUUUUUAAUCGCCCUUAUCACAACUCAUCAAAAGGUUUCAGCAUAUUUAGCAAUGCAGAAGUGUUUAUCAAAAUGUACCAACACUAUUCAUGGACCAGGAAAGUUUAAACUAUUUAAGAUAGAUAUUUUGCAUUUAUAGAUAUGCUACUAAAUACAUGUUUUAAAAUAUUUUCAUAUAUAUAUAUAUAUUUUAACAUUACACUAAAUGCCUCUAACCUCCAAAUUUUAAUGUUCCAUGGAGAUUAGAAUUAGAACCGUUAGUUUAAAAUAUUUUGCUUAUCUUGCAGCUAUUACUAUUAGCAGUGAAACAAACACAUGUUGCCAUGGCUAAUUGGAGAAAGCUAAUUAACAUUUUCAUUUACUAUCGAGUUCUAGUUCUUUAGAAUGGACUCUGAUUUUCACAGCUUGCAUAUCGUCUGUGGUCUUCUAUUUUACAUUUUCCUAGGAAUAGUAUUAAAGUGAUGGGCCUUCUCAUAGCUAGAUAUAUAAGUUGUUCUUAGGUUACUUCAGUGUUUUAAUUCAGUUUGAGACAAAUCCUAGAGGUGGACCCAUUUAAAUCAAUGGGAAUGUUGAAUUAACAUCAGUGUAACAGAAUUUGGCUGUUUGAUUUUAAAAUUAAUGAAUCAAGAUUAUUAAUACAAUUUUUUUUAAAAAAUUCUAUUCUGUGAUGAGGAGACCCCAGGCAUCCAAGGAAGGGCCCUUCCUAAUCCUAUCCAAACAUCCCCAAAGGGGGCUGGCAGUGAUUUUAGGAAUAUAGAUCCUUCGGAGGAGGAGCACAAUUUUUAAUAGUCUCUUUGACCUAGGCUCUUCUAUUUCUAAACUCCCCUUCAUCAGUGUUGUUGCUGCACUCCCAGUCUUCACAAGCCUAAUCCACAUAUUCUAAAGCCGCUGCAAGAAAUGGGUUUUCCACUUCAUAGUCCAUUGCACGACCAGCCAAAGCUCUAGUCCUGCAAUGAGCUGUGUGCGGCCUCUGAAGUCCACCCAUGCAACUCUAAUUACAGGAUCAGGGCUCAAGAUAGAAAUUAGAUUUUCACAUACAUUGUUUCUUUUUACUUUUUGUGCUACUGUACCUCAAGCAUAGUUAUUCUAUGUAUUUGAGUGACACAUUGUGUUAUGUUCCAAAAGUGGCAUCCAUAUUGGAAAUGCUAUACCCCAUUCUGUUGCUCCCUCUUCAUGUCCCCCUAAAAACAAUGUGCAGAAACCAGGGUAACCAUUAUAUUGCUCCUGGACAAAUGUAUAUAGUUAUGUCUAAAAAAAAAGGUGUAAUGAUGAAAUGUAAUUCAACAAAAAUCUUUGAUAGGUUUUUAUUUGGGAGCAGUGAAGAUAAGCUCAAUGCCAGCAAACAGAUUAAAAUUACUGGCUAAAAUUUUCAAAUUUAGGUGCCAAAAGUUAAUCACCUAAUUCCAUAUUUAGGUAAAUAAACAUUCACUGAAGUCCAUGGGAGAUUCAGGUUUCUAAACCACUUUGAAAAUCAGACAACUUAUGUAGAGACCUAACUUUUGGGGCCUAAGUUUGAAAAUGUUGGCCAUUAUGUCUCAGGCCAAUUGAUUCUAAUAUUUUUAAAUUAAAACCAUUAUACUUUAAAAUAUUCUAACAAUUCUAUAUUAUUUUGUAUGGCUUUAAGUGAAGAUUAACUAAGCCCUGGAGGUAAAUGUGAUAAAGAUGUAAAACAUCACACAUGCUGCUACCUUAAUUUUUCCAAGAUUCUUUAUCUACAAAGUAGAAAUAGAAUUUAAGAAAGGAAAACUCCAGGGUAAUAUAAAGAAUGUUCUAAUCAGUGAGGAAUGGUCUCCCUCCUCCAUGUAAUCCACUGAAACCUUUGCACCUUGGCUUGAGAGGGCCAUGGCGGGACUGGUG